AUGAACGAAUUCUCAUAUAAUAAUAAUACAGAUUCACAUGAAUUAAAAGAGUUAUGUUAUCCUAUGAAAGGAAAGAAAAGAAAACAUGAUAGUAUAACAAAAGACAAUGAUAUAAUAAAUGAAUCCAAGGUUAUUAUCAAAAGAAAUGUUAUGACAACACAACUUUUUGAUGAUAUUAAUAAAUUGAGUUAUGUAUAUUUCUUAUUAAAAUAUUAUUUUGAUAAUAAUCCAAUGAAAAUAUUAAAUGAAAAUUUCUAUCUUAUAGAUGAUGUAUUAUAUAUUACAGAAAUAUUAAUAGGUCAUAUUUUAUGGGUUUUUGAUGAGAAGCAAAAUAAAUUAUAUGGUUCUAGGAUUAUCGAAUUAGAAUCAUAUAACGGUGUAAAUGAUAAAGCAUCACAUGCUUAUAAUAAUAAAAAAACAAAUAGGAAUAUGUCUAUGUUUGAAAAAGGUGGAAUCAGUUAUGUAUAUUUAUGUUAUGGUAUUCAUAAUUGUUUAAAUAUUGUUACAAAUGUUCAAAAUAUACCUGAUGCUAUUUUAGUUAGAUCAACUGAACCAGUGUAUAAUAUUGAAUAUUUUUUAUCAAAUAAAUUUGAAAAAAUAUCUCAAUAUUUUUUGUCAAAUUCUAUAUUAAUAAAUAAAAAUUGUAAGGAUCAACAAAAAAAUAAUUCAACACCAAAAAAUAAAAGGAAACAACAAGAACAUAUACCAAAUAAACAUGACAAUAUUAUUAAUGAAACAAACUACCUAAAAAAAAUUGAUGAAUUAAUUAACAUUUUUAAAAUGAUAAAGAAAAAGCAAUUGAUAAAAUUAUGUAGUGGUCCUGGGUGUGUAACAAAAAGUCAAGAUAUAACCAGGCAAGAUGAUAAACAAUAUUUUUAUGUGGGUACGAAUAUUGGGAAGGAAAACAAUAUAAAUACUAAGAAUAUUAAUAAUAAAAAAAAAAAAUGUUCUGAUGUUCAGAAGAAUUCUAAAUAUUUCAAUAAUAAUGAGUAUCCAAAAAACAAUAAUAAGAUAUGUAAUAAUAUUCAUAGCGAUAAUGAUUGUACUAUAGAUAUAAGUAGUUCCAAAAAUGAAAACAAAAAAAGAAAUCAUUGCAAGCACGAAUAUAUUCAAGAACAUAUAAAUCAAAAUGAACUUAUAGAUUGUUAUUAUUUUUUAGACAACAUUCAUGAAAUACAAAAAAGCAGAUUUUUUAUUACUCUUUGUCCAUCAAUAAGCGAUAUAAUGCUUUUUUUUGAAAAUAUAAAUAAUCCUAAACACGAAAACGAAUAUAGUUAUAUAUACAAUAUAUUUAAUGAACAUAAAAAUGAAUUAUUAGAAUAUUUUCAUUAUAUGAAAUGGGAUAAAGAUAAUUUCAUUGUUCAAAAAGAUAAAAGGAUAGGAAUAAGUUAUGCCCAAGAAGCGGCCUUAUAUGAUUAUCGGUUUUUAUUAAAGAAUCAUCCAUCUGUAUCUAUUCUUCCGAAAUAA